CUCUCAUGGCGGACGUGCCGAAGGUGAAGUGUUGAUAACAGUUAGCCGGCUAGCUAGGUCAAAAUAAGGGACACAGCUGGAAAGAAGGAGAAGCCCACCAGGAUGGCCAGUGUGCUCUGUAGCAGAGCCAGGCUGGUGUCGUACCUGCCCGGGCUUCACGUUCUAGUGCGGAGGAUUGCGGGGACCAGAGACUUUUCCACUGCGGGGUCCUCAGGCUCUGAUGAACCGCACCUGGCUGCCACACCCCUCGACGUUGGACCCAGAACCGUGUGGCCAGACGAGAACAUGGGUCCUUUCGGCCCUCAGGACCAGCGUUUCCAGUUGCCAGGCAACGUGGGAUUUGACUGCCACCUGCAAGGCACCGCUGAACAGAAGAAAGCCCCGGUCCACAGGACGGUUCCGGACGUGCUCUCGGCCCCCUCCAGCAGCGAGAGGCACGAGUUUGUCAUGGCACAGUUCCUCAAUGAGUUUCAGGGAAAAGAGGCGCCUCCCACAUCUCAGAAAGUCAGCACGGCGGAGCAGUACUUUGAUACUUCAAAUGUAGAGUGCGCCAUACAGUCGUGUCCAGAGCUGCUAAAGAAAGAUUUUGAGUCAAUGUUUCCAGAGGCCCCAACCAAUUUGAUGACGGUCGUCACAGUUACUCAGAAAACUCAAAAUGACAUGACAGCGUGGUGUGAAGAGGUGGAGAAGGAGAGGGAGCAGCUGCUGGAUAAAUUUGUCAGUGGUGCCAAAGAGAUCUGCUUCGCGCUCCGAUCGGCAGGAUUCUGGGCCGAUUUCAUAGACCCCUGCUCCGGACUGGCGUUCUUUGGGUCCUACACAAACAACACACUCUUUGAAACAGACGAGCGGUAUCGCCACCUUGGCUUCUACAUAGAGGACCUCGGCUGCUGUAAAGUGAUCCGUCACGCACUAUGGGGGACACAUGUGUUUGUGGGGACACUUUUCACCAACGCACCUCCCAGUAGCCUUAUUAUGAAAAAGCUACAAGGAAAUUGAGGGUGGGGCAGGGAUGGGGGGGGGACUAACCUUUUAAAAAGCGUCACAGUAUCCAAACACACAGGCAACGUGUUGUUUUUGUAACCUCCUCACUCGACUUUGGUAGGACUUGAGUAGAAAAAAAAAAUAUCACGUUCAUUAUUAUAUCUGUAUAUGGGCCCUUUCUAUGAAAUGUCCACAUGUCUGUCUGUUUCUUUAAGGUUAUUUAAUUUCACCUACUAUUCACGUAUUUAUUAUAAACUGUCUUUAUGUUCACACUUACAUUUUGCCCUUUUUAAUGCAGUGGUAGAAAUGGAGUCUUCUGAAAGUGAGGAUUUAAAAACUACCAGUGAGAAACGUUGCCUUACCCCUAAUCUACCCGUGACCUUGUAGACCAUAUCGUGUUCCAGGUGGACAGAUUGCAAUCCAGAUAUCGGAGGUUGAAUCUAGGAUAUGUGUGACGCUUAGCAAUGCUUGAAGUAGCCAGAGAAAUAGAAUGUUACUCUUAUUCCGUGAGGUCGAGUGAUUUCUGAAGAGAUGUUUCGAGUUGAUUCUGUGGCAGCUCGCCUUGAAACACAAUAAACCAAACCAACU